AAGUGAAAGCUGUUGGUGUUGUAACGCUACCACUUCCAUCUCAAAUAAUUCUCUAAAAUGGGUCGCGUGCGUACCAAAACCACCAAGAGAGCCUCCCGUGUGUGCAUUGAGAAGUACUACCCUCGUCUCACUCUUGACUUCCAAACCAACAAGAGAAUUGUUGAUGAGGUCGCCAUCAUUGCCUCCAAGCGUCUUCGUAACAAGAUUGCUGGUUACACCACUCAUUUGAUGAGACGUAUCCAACGUGGUCCCGUCCGUGGUAUCUCCUUCAAGCUCCAAGAAGAAGAGCGUGAACGCAAGGACCAAUACGUUCCUGACGUCUCUGAGCUUGACAUUGAUCGUGUCAACGUUGACCAAGACACCAAGGACAUGCUUAAGGUUCUUGGUUACGAACAAAUUCCCGUACGCGUCCUUGCUCCUGCUCCUCAAGAGCGUUUCAACCGUCGCAGAUAGGUAAUGAAAUUUCGGUCGUAAUGGGUCCUAAAAUGUCAGUUUCAAUGUAUAAUUUUACCCUUAUGAAUGUGAUGAGAUGUAUUGUA